AGAGAAUCACUCAGAACCAUGGAUCUCAUCAACACUCAGGAAAGCUCUGUGCAACCUGAGCCCACCAGGAGCCGCAUCUCAGUGGCACUUUCGAAGGUGAAGCAGAAUCUCUUUAGGUGGUAUGUCCUGAAGACUCUUCUUAUGGGCCAGUUGCUGUCUCUCUUCAUAUGCGGGACUGCGGUGACCAGCCAGUAUUUGGCAGAGCGAUAUAGGGUGGACACGCCGAUGCUGCAGAGCUUUCUGAACUAUUGCCUGCUGUUCAUGGUUUACACGGUCUGGCUGGCGUUUAGGCCAGGAGAGAACGGGCUUCUGUACAUAGUGAGACACAAGUGGUGGAAGUAUCUACUUCUUGGUAUUGUCGAUGUAGAAGCAAACUAUUCCAUUGUGAAAGCCUACCAGUAUACUACCCUCACUAGUGUCCAGCUUCUGGACUGUGUUGGAAUCCCUGUACUGAUGGCACUGUCUUGGUUUAUCCUUCACUCAAGAUACAAAUUGAUCCAUUAUAUUGCUGUUGUGGUCUGUCUGUUGGGAGUUGGCACCAUGGUUGGAGCAGAUGUUCUAUCUGGAAGAGAAAGCGGCAAAGCCAGUGACAUGUUGAUCGGAGACGCCCUGGUUAUCCUCGCAGCAUGCCUGUAUGCGGUUUCUAAUGUGACCGAGGAAUAUGUGGUGAAGAACCUGACUCGGGAGGAGUUCCUGGGGAUGCUGGGCCUCUUCGGGACGUUCAUCAGCGGCAUACAGCUCAUGAUCCUUGAAUACAAUGCGGUUAUCAACAUCCAGUGGAAUUGGCAAAUAGGAUUGCUGUUUGCAGGUUUUGCUUUGUGCAUGUUCGGUCUGUACAGUGUGAUGCCACUUGUCAUGAAAGUCAGCAGUGCCACCUCCGUCAACCUAGGCAUCCUAACCGCCGACAUCUACAGUCUCUUCUUUGGCCUCUUUUUAUUUGGAUACGCGUUUUCCGUUCUCUACAUUCUGGCGUUUGUCGUGUGUAUAGUGGGAUUCAUCAUGUACUGCAGUACAUCUUCUUACAGCGCUGAGCCGCCAUCUGGGAGGACUAAUGAAGGGAUUGAGAAUGGUGGUAUGAAACAGGAGGGGUCACCUGAGUCUGAGACCCCUCUACAUCACAUACCAGAGGAUCUCUCUAUAGACCGUCAGGACUAAGUAUGGUGCCUUUUUGAAGAUUUUUUAUGUUCGGUUGUCCUUUUUGUAAUUUUAAGAAAGAUG